UUAAAAUAAAGUCCAUUUAAGAUAAUGUCGCAUUUGGCGACCCAAGCGGCCCCUGAAAAAUAAUUCGGUUUGGGUCGCCGGCUACCCAAUUGGCUUCACAAUAAAUAAAAUCGUUUGGGUCGCCGGCGGCCAUAUGGCAGCCAACGUGUUAUGUUGUACAUUUUUUCUGGAAAUCACACUUCAAACAUAUUUGCUCGCAACGAUUAAUAACAAUUAUUUUGCGAAGAUAAAUUUACGACUGCAAUGUGUAGAUAUUAAUAAUUAUCUAAUAAUUUACUAACGGAUACGUUAUCGCUUAGAUAUGGUUUUAUUAGGUACAUGUUCAGUCUGUUUGGAUUUUACGUGAUAGAUGGACCCAUUUGUAGAACAGUGUAAUAUGUGUUGUGCCUUGUGCGCGUAAUAUUUAUAUUGAAUUGUGUUUAAUUAAUGUAAUUUUUAAUUAUAUUUAUUUUCAUUGUUAAUUUGACUUAAAUAUGGCUAAUAUAGAAAGGUUUUAUGACGUUUUAAAUCCGAUAAUUAAAAAAAAAGAUUCUAGUAAUACUUUUUAUUUAACACGUGAAAUGUACAAUACGUAUUUACAAGAAGUGAAGAACGUAAAAAUAAUCGCUGUCAAAAAAUCAAUUCACUAUCGGAGAUUAAAACGUUUUGAUGUUCUUUGUAUUGGGAAUGAAGACAAACUUAUUUUUCCAGUGGAAAGUGGAUCUGAAGAUAUUCGAUAAUACGUAUGUAAUGAAGAACUUUUUGAUAUUAUACACGCAGCUCAUAUUGAAACAGGACAUGGUGGUAGGGAUCGAAUAAAUCAUAUGCUAAAAAAAAAAAUUCAAAAAUAUUAAAGUUGAAGCUAUAAAUAUGUACUUGGAAAUGUGUGAAACAUGCCAGAAAAAGCAUAGUAUACCAAAAAAGGACUCGUUGUUAAACCGAUAUUGGACAAUGAAAUGAAUUCUCGAUGUCAAAUUGAUUUAAUUGAUAUGCAAUCAAACCCAGAUAAUGGUUUUAAAUACAUUAUGAUGACACGCUAAUAACCGCCUCCCACGAAAGCCACGCCACAGCCAGUGAAAUGAUCCAAAACCAUUUAAAUAUGAUCAGCUUGUGAGGAAACAGAUGGAAAAUCAAAAUAAACGAAACUAAAUCUGUUCAAGUAACUUUUUCACUACGUAAUCUCGAUUCUCCACCUGUCACGUUAAACAAUAUAACAAUUCUUAAGGCAAACGAAGUCAAAUACCUUGGGCUAACUCUCGACAAACGCUUAACCUGGAGCCCACACAUCAAACUUAAACGCAAAACUGUUAACUCUAGACUUCAUAUCCUUAGACCACUCUUAAAAUCCAAACUUUCCCUUUCCAAUAAACUUACUAUAUACAAAUCAAUAAUUCGACCAGUUUGGACAUAUGGUAUACAGUUAUGGGGCUCUGCAAAGCCCUCUAACACCAACACGCUUCAAGCUUUUCAAUCUAUCUGCCUACGAUUAAUAACAUCCUCUCCUUGGUAUUUCACAAACAAUAAUCUUCACAAAGACCUAAAAAUUCCUACACUUAAUUAAUUAGCAAAAGCACAUUACUCUAAAUUUCACUUCAACUUAAACUCUCACAGUAAUCCAUUAAUAAAGCAACUUUCUUCCACCUCACUUCUUGGCAAUGUACGUAGAAGACUCAAAAGACAGUGGCCUAGAGACUUACUAAAAUAAAAAAAAAAAAAAACAGCGACAUCAAAAUGUUCUCGGUCGGGUGGUGCUGCUGAGUGCCUGCCCUUAAAUGUUAAAUUCUGUUAUUUUACAUUACAUUAACUAUCAAAUUUACCCAUUGUACAUAAUGUUGUAUAGAUUGUAAAUUACUUAAAUAUAUAAAAAAAAAAAAAAAAAAAAUACAUUAUGGUGUAUCAAGAUCACCUGACAAAAUUUGUGAUUAUACGGCCUUUACGGUGUAAACGUGCAGAAGAAAUUGCAUAUCAACUUCUAGAUAUAUUCACUCUCUUUGGAGCUCCUAGUAUACUACACUCUGAUAACGGGCGAGAAUUUGUAAAUAAAAUUGUUACCAGUGUAUGUGAAAUGUGGUCUCAAGUUAAAAUAGUUCAUGGCAAAGCUCGUCACAGCCAAUCUCAAGGAUCGAUUGAACGAGCUAAUCAAGACAUCGAAAGUAUGAUAGCAACUUGGAUGGAAACUAAUGACAAUGCAAAAUGGUCUGAAUCUUUACGAUUUGUUCAUGUAAUGAAAAAUUCAGCAUUUCAUUCAGGUAUAAAACGAUCACCCUAUGAGGCAAUGUUUGGGUGUACUAUGAAAAUGGGACUUGCUACUUCGAGCAUACCGAAAAAUGUGAUAACAGAACUCAUUAAUGAAGAUGACCUUAUAUUUGUUCUUGAAGACUCUAAAAUUACAAUUUCUAAUGAGAAUGAGGAGACGAAUACUACUGAAAAAAUCAAUGAGGACAUAGACAUUGAUCAUAACCUAGGAAAAAAAUCGAUAUUGAGAUCUACAAAAAACGAUGAAAAAACAAUUUUAUCGAAGAAAGAUAAAAAUGAAAAAGUUAUUGAAAAAAUAUUACUUGAACGUUCUAAUAAAAUUAAACGACAAUGAGAAGAGUCACUACAAUCUUUGAAAAAACAAGCAAAAAAAAUGAAAACAAUAUCUAAUAAAAAUUUUCCUGCUGUAUUAAUUGGUCAAACAGUGCGAGUGAAAAUUCCAGAUUUCGACCGAUGUAAAAUUGAUUCUCGCAAAUUAUUGGCUGUAGUUGUUGAAAUUAUUGACGAAGAAUUUUAUCGAAUAGGAUCUAAAGCUGUGACAUUGAAUCAAUUAUUCACUAGAAAUCAAUUUACUUUAUGCAGAGAAAAAUGUAUUUCAAUAUCCGAUGUUCCAAAUACAGCAACAAGCAUACGCAAAGCUGUUGCUCAACUUUCACUAUCAGGUGGGCAAGGAUUUUUAAGGUGUGAUUGCCAGAAAAAAUGUACAACUAAAAAAUGCAAAUGCCGCCAGUCAAAUGUAUUAUGUAAUAGCAGGAGUCAUAAUAGUACAACAUGUGCGAAUAAAUAAAAAUUUUAAAUAAUUA